CUACGCACAUAGCGAAUUAUCCUUGGAAGAAUCGGCUGCUGCUGCCGCUGCUGGCUGCCUGAGUUGUGACCCAUUUUCCCAAGCGCUCUCUCGCACGCACGCUCUCGCCGCCGCCGCCGCCGCUGCUUCCAAGCGGGCGCCGUCUUCAGCCCGCCGGGUGCUCGCAAGCCGAGAGAAGCGGCCACUUUCAGAACUACCUUUGGACAGCGACUUCCCUCUUUCCACCUCCCCGCACCUUUUUAUUCUUUUCCCCAAACCGCUCAUUGGCUGGCAAGGAAACACCCCACUUGCAUUCCUCAUAGGCUCAG